AUAUGUGAUUCCUCCUGUCUUAUUUUCUACAUUUGUUUUCUCCGUUUUAUUUCUGUUUCUCUCAUCUUGUUGCAGUUCAUACGCCUUUCUCUCAGCUCCAAUGGCCGACCAGCUCACCGAUGAUCAGAUCGCCGAGUUCAAGGAGGCUUUCAGCCUAUUCGACAAGGACGGCGAUGGUUGUAUUACCACCAAGGAACUCGGGACUGUAAUGCGGUCUCUUGGGCAAAAUCCAACUGAAGCAGAGCUACAAGACAUGAUAAAUGAAGUUGAUGCGGAUGGCAAUGGUACCAUUGAUUUUCCCGAGUUCCUCAACCUCAUGGCCCGCAAGAUGAAAGACACUGAUUCAGAGGAGGAACUCAAGGAAGCCUUCCGCGUGUUUGAUAAGGAUCAAAAUGGUUUUAUUUCUGCAGCUGAGCUUCGCCAUGUUAUGACAAAUCUUGGCGAGAAGCUGACAGACGAGGAAGUUGAUGAGAUGAUUCGCGAGGCAGAUGUUGAUGGGGACGGGCAGAUCAACUAUGAGGAGUUUGUCAAAGUUAUGAUGGCCAAGUGAGGACCAAUCAACCAUAACCCAAAUUGGAAAAACUUAUAAAAAAGAAAAGGGUCAGGCAGAUAAGUUUUGAUGAGAAUUAUGUUUCCAUUAGGAAAUCUUUAGUUUUUGUUGGUCAGUGUGUCUAUUUUAUUGUUUGCUUUAAUUUGAACUGCUCCUUAUUAGUUUCCUACUUGUUUGUUAUGUCUUGUUUCAUUAGUUUGUGCUACUUGUCUGUCACCACCAUGCAUUGUUACUUCACUUACUUUUAAUCUUUUUUUUUUGGUAAUUAUUAUGAACCUAGAAUAUUGGCUGCA